AUGCCUGCCCCACAGGACCUGAUUGGCGAUUUUUGGAAGAGUUUCAUUACGGAGAAGCCGGGGAAAGUCACUGCCAUUUUCCCCAGCAGUCUAUACGAGACACUGCUUCCGCUCCCCCAGGCCGCCGACAGCAACAAGUCCCAGAAGAACUGCGGCCUGAGCUAUGAGGCAGCCGCGGCCGAGUGUCGUGCAAAGGUCGCGCGCAUCGUGCGGGACUGCAAGCGCACCAACAGCAAAUGGACCGACCCGUCAUUCGACGUCCGGGGCAACGGAAUGGACUGCCUUGUCAGCCUAACAUGGCGUUCGCCCGCUCCCAGGGCGAAUCCUUGGACCGUCGAGGACGCCCUCAGCACCCUCCAGGAGAAUCGCGUCAUUGGCGAGGGGCCGUUGGGUCUCGACAUCACGACUCUCCGCAAGAUCCUGACACGCCAGCCCAUCUACGACGACGACAAUUAUGAGGACUUCAACCCGAAUCCGCGCUCGGUCCACCGCGUCAGCUGGAUCUACGAGAAUCCCCAGUUUAGCGUCGAUGGCUUCUCCAGCUCUGACAUCAUGCAGGGCAGCAACUCGGAAGACUGCUGGUGGCUGAGCGCCGUUGCGACUAUCUGCCACCGCAAGGACCUCAUGGACAAGAUUUGCGUGGCCAGAGACGAAGACUGCGGUGUCUACGGCUUCGUCUUUCACCGCGACGGCGCCUGGGUGCCCACCGUCGUUGAUGACAACCUUUUCCUCAAGGAGCCCGACUUUUCCGCCCUAGGCGGGAGCAUUUGUGAUCCCACCAACAGCGUGAUGAGCACAUACAGAAAGGCAAACCAGACAGGCUCCGAGGCGCUCUACUUUGCCUCUUGCCGGGACGCCAACGAGACCUGGCUCCCGCUCAUGGAGAAGGCCUACGCCAAAGCCCAUGGCGAUUUCCACUCCAUCUGGGGAGGCUGGGUUGGCGAGGGCGUCGAAGAUCUCACGGGCGGCAUCUACUCGGAAAUGGUUCUCGAAGAUGUUCUGUCCAGAGAGCAUCUCUGGAAGGAGCUGCUCAACGAGGACAAGCACUUUGUUUUUGGCCUCGACAUCCUCGACCAGAACGCCUCGGGGGACAAGAACGGACUGGCCAAUGCCCAUGCUUAUUCGCUUCUCGAGGCCCGGGAGGAAAAGGGGGAGGACGGGAAGCCCGUGAGGCUCGUCAAAGUCAGAAACCCAUGGGGCCAGCGUGGUGGCGAUGGCGCCGGCGAAUGGAACGGCCCCUGGAGCGAUGGCUCAAAGGAGUGGACGCCCUACUGGCUCAUCAAACUUGACUACCGCUUCGAGAACGACGGCGUGUUCUGGAUGACAUACCAGGACAUGCUCCUCACCUUUACCAACCUCUACCGCACCCGCCUCUUUGACGACCAAUGGACCGUGACGCAGGAGUGGACGAGUGUCAGUGUGGCAUGGUUGACGGGAUAUCUGCAACAGAAAUUUGUUGUCGAAGUCAAGAAGUCUGGCACCGUCGUGUUUGUGUUGCAGCAGGUAAGCAAACUUGCUCUUUGGCUUUCCCGAACUUCUCGAGGCUAA